GCCGCGCGAGGGGCGCCGCUUCCCCACCAGCUCGGAAAGAAAGGAGAAGCGGGUCUGUCAGUCGGUCGGUCAGGCCCCGGCCCGGUGGGCGGGAGCUGCUAAUGGGAAAGCGAGGAGGCGGCAGGAGUGGCUUCCAGCCCCCUGUCAGGCAGCCGCGCGGAGCCGGGGGUGAGGGGGACUCCUGACAGGGCGGCCGCAAAAAUAGGGAGAGAAGGGGGGGGGGAAUGAAAAUAAAUCUGCUAACUUCACCCGCCGCCGCUGCCGCGGCUCCCUCAGUUCACACACGAGGCCCCGCCCCCUUGGCUCGGCUCCUGGCGCGCAGCGCCCGCCUCACGUUUGAAACAGCCGCGACGGCGGCCACGAGCAGAAACGCUCGCUUCUUCGCCUCACGCCUCUUAAGCUCGCUAACCGCGAGUCGGGGCCCCGGGCCAGCGCGGGCACUCGAGGUUAGAGCGUUCAGACGUGACGGGGAGCGCUUCCCCCCCCCCCAGCCGCUGUUGUUGGGGCCUGUAUUCCGCUCUCUUUUGGCCUCAGCAUUGCGUCGGUUCGGUCAACCGAAAAGGUUUUCCCCUCUCGGGAAGAGUUCCUCGUGGGGUAACGGGAAUAUCCCUCCGUGUCGGAGUUGGGUUUCUGGAAAAGGGGGCGGUUCCCGCGAACACGGAAGUCGCGCCUUGAGCUUCCCAGAGCCCUUCUGCCUCGUCUCAAAAUCGGGCGGGUGGGGGUCGCCGUCUUAUUUAUUAGUGCCAGGGGGAAAUAUGCCCUGAAGCUGAGGUCUUUUGGUGUGUUUCUAACCUCUGCUUUUCUUAAAAGUUCCGUGGUUUUGAAUAAGGCUGGAGCAGAGGUUCUGGAACCAAGUGGGAGCAAUGCUCACGAAACCAGGGAUUUCUCCAAGCUGUAUUUCAGAAGGUGUUAAAAGCGGGUCAGUAUGAAAAGUACGCUCCUUUCCUCCCACAGAGAUGCACUGUUAAGGGCAAAACUACACGGCUGGAGAAAGUGCAAUGUGCCAGCCUACCUUUGAAAGGGAGAUCUGAUUCAAACAUGCCCAAACUUGAGAGACAGAUGCAGCAGAAAGUUUAAAAGGUUCAGCCCUGUUGACACCACAAACUUGCUACGAAUGAUUCUACUAUAUUUACAAAGCUAAAUGGUUAAUAGUUUUGCCUCGUUGCAUAUUUCAGUCCUUUCUUUGUACUUUCAAGUGGUGGCUGCAUGUGCUGCGUUCGGGCAUGCCAACAAAUAAAUUGAGUUGCAUGCACUUAUCUGCAUAAUGAAAAACUUUUCAAAGUGUGUCAGCCAUGAGCUCUCUCCCUCACCACUACUCCACCCAUUGGCUAAACUGCAGCGAUGUCAUGGAAGGUUUGUGAACAUUUCAGUUGUUCAGGAUGAAGUUGUUAGCAUUAGAAUGCUGACAGUGCAGCUUCUGUAAGGAAAUAAAGCUUCAGGAAAUAAGAAGGUUAGGCAAGCAAAUUUUGAAAGCUGGGAAUUAUAAACCAGGAAACAAGAGCAAGUAGGUUGAAUAGAAUUGGCUGAAUUUUCCACAUUGAACCAUCUGGUCAACUUUUUUUCUGCCCGUUACUGGAACAAGCAGCCUCGUCCCAUAAUUCUUUCCUUAUAGAUUCACUUAAUGCAGUAAGACUUCCAGGCAAACUUUUAUUUAACUGAUGCAAAAGCAACGCCUAGGGUGGCUUACAAUGUUUAAAGUUACAAUUUCAUAAAAACAACAAUUUAAAACAACCAAGGAUACUGGCUCAACAGUUAAAACCAAGCAUAGAAACUAAUAAUAAUAAUAAUAAUAAUAAUUUAUUUAUACCCCGCCCAUCUGGGUGGGUUUCCCCAGCCACUCUGGGGGGCUCCCAACAGAAUAUUAAACAGAAUAAAACAUCAAACAUUAAAAACUUCCCUAAAAAGCGAAUUCUCUGCCACACACAACAAAGCCUGCUGGAAUUCAAAGGUUUUUAGUAAACAAUGAGAUACAGAGCAGGAGAGAGCUAACCUUGGGACAAUAUGUUCCAUAAUCUAGGCAUGGCAACUGAGAAAGCCCUCACAGUAUGAUUGGGCUAUAAAUCUGCCUUACAUUUUAUUAAAAAAAAAUAAUCAAAAGCUAAUAUGUAGUAUGUUUACCCCAUUUUUAGUUGAAAGCAAAGACAUCAACAAUUACUGUCCCUGAAAGGUUUAUAUAAAACACUUAGCAUUUGUAUAGGUCUUAAGGUAAUUUAAAUAAUAUUCAUAUUUCUCCAUAAUCCUUAAAGCAAGACAUGGUCUGGAUAUGUGUGAUGGUGCAACCUUGCUAAAGCUAGUAAGUGUAAGUCUGAUCAGAUGGGGAAUUGCCUGGGAGUCUUAAUGAUAAUGCCUUUGAAGACUGUGGAAGACAGGUAGGAUAAACAUGUAAUUUGACAGAGCUAGUCUGCUUUAAGGUAGGUUAAUGCCAUCACCCUCAUAUUGCAGAGAUAACAGUGGCUUUAGUUAGACCACAAUAAGAAUCGCCAAACUAAUACUUUGCUGACUUGCCCUAACUUUACUCAGACUCUUGCUAAAUUCAGUGAGAGUUAUGACUGCAGCCUUAGCUGUCACACUAUACUGACUUAGUCUUUAUUUCCAAAAUGUUCUAUCCUUAAAGCUACAUAUUUAUUUAUUGAGCAGUUUAUCUUGCUCCUUAACAAUAAAUUCUCUGGGCAGGGUACAAAUUAGAAAUAUAACCUAAAAUGAAAACACCAGCUAAAACAUCAUUAUCCUCAGAAUAAAGCAGCAUAAAACCAGUAGUGCCCAGGGUCUAAAAAGUACCCAGAAAGGUUUUUAAAUGGAAAAGUCUGGCUUUAGAAGUUAAAAAGUAAAUGACUGAAAUCCCUCAAUAACUGCUUUGGUGAUUGCCCAUAAUCACAAGUUAAGCAGUAAGGAGGAGAUCUAGGAAAAGAUCAAGAGCUAUAUUUUUGGAAGUUCUGCUGAAUGAACAAUCCUAAAAGAAUCCCUGGAGGACUGAAGAGAGUGUUAAGGUUAACUAGGAAGAUAGAGGUCUGUGGUAGUUAUGAUUGUUGCUCCUAUUUAAAAUAUAUGUUUAUAAGCCACCAUUACGUACCAUGCAGAGAAUUAGGAUAGAAAUAAUAAUUUAUUAAGUAAACAUUUCUUCACACAGACACAAGUGCAAUGCAACAUUCAGAAAUGCAUUAUGAAUACAAUAGACAGUUCAUUCUUUAUGGUUUCAGUUCAACACUUGCUUCAUCUCCAUCCCUAAUUACUGUGCAGUAUACAAGCGUUACCCUAAAUAUACACUGUGGCUUCCUUUUAAACCAACUCCUCCUGCAACACCUUGGCAUGUUUGCAAAGACUAUAAUAACAAGCAGCCAGCUUCCUUCUUUCAUGACCAAUGUGGUUUUACUGGAACAUUCACAGGUUCUCAACAGUGCAAUCCUAAAUAUAUUGUUAC